AUAUGUGAAUACUGAUAGAAACAUAAAAUGUUUGCCGAGCUUCGCCUAGAAAAAUCGAAAAUUUCCCAAUAUUGGAGUCUGCCCCCCUCCCCCCUUCAGGGGUACGUCCGCAUUGAGGUUAUCGAGCAUUACAAAAUGGUACCUGCGCAUAUGUGCCAGACUACGAGAAGCUGAGAUUCGUAAGUAGAAUGCAUUCGAGUCCUAAUUCUGUCGAAAAACGAGGACCCAAGGACCUCAUUCAUUGUCAAGGUCCUAUCACUCUAAAAAAUUUCCGUAUCCUAGAAAACCGAAAGGGGUUUGGAAACCCACUCAGAAACCCUUUUCCGUUUCCGAGAGGGUUUCCGAACAGUGAAAGCGUUUCUAAAAAUACCCUUUCGGUUUCCGUACGUUCGGAAACCCAAAGGUUUCCUACAGUUCCCAAUUGGACACUCUAAAAGUAUUGGGGAAUACCUUUUUCUUGCUAUCGGAAGCCCAAAUGUUUUCUCGGGAACCGGAUAGGUAUUGCCGAAAACCCAUAUUAGCAGAAAAACUGAGUUGGUUCCCGAAAGGGUAUGCAAAAAUACCUUUUCAUUUCCUGAACGGUUUCCGAAAAAACCCAAUCUGAAUAGGGUAUCAUAGGAAUCCAAAAUGGGUUUACGAAAAUACCCAAGUUGAAAAUGGUCUCACAGUGAACUAAAAUAGGUUUUGCGAAUUUCUAUUGAACAUUCAAAAGGGUUCCCGAGUAUUUAAACAUUUCUUAAAUGUUCAUCAAGUUCGUGAUUGACAUCCGAAAACUUCACAAAAAAAAUUUGGAUUUGAACCUUAUUUAGCGAUGUUCUUUCUCGUGCUCAGCUUCGAAGAUUUUUAUUAAAGAGAAAAAUACCGAUGUAAUUAGUAUUUCUUAUUGAACUAUUCAAAAUUAUUCCUGAAUGAAUCUUUCUACGAAAUGUGAAACCAUAUCGUACUUUGAAAAUAAUUGAAUCUUAGUUGUGUAUUUUACUGUUGUUCUAAUUUUUGUGAAUAAAAAAAUGGAUACGAUGUUAACAAUUCGGGAGCAAAAUAAAUAAAUUAGACAAUCAGCAUACAAGUCUUACUUUUUCUUCAUAUUUUGCUUUUUUAAUAAACAAUUAUAUACCACUGAAUUAAAAUGACCAUACAAGAAUUGUUUUCAAUUACAAGUUGUUAGGAUAAAUUUGGUGUAUCAAUGGAUCAUUGAUGACUGGAUUAUUCAUUACAAAUAGAAUUAUUAUUUUGUUCUCUAAAAAUUUCUUCUCUGUAAAAUACCCUCAUGAAUAAACUACUAUUCCAAUUCUUCUUUUUCAAUCAUAAUAUGACCCUAGAAUUCGGUGACUUUUAAUCAACUGAAUUAUAACACAUUUUCACUUUCACUUUUUAAAUUCUUUUUAUAUAUUCACAUAUUCCAUGAGUCUUUUCCAAAUAUUAAACUAAAAUAUAUUUUUAUUUUUAUUUAUGAUUUGUUAUGAAUAUCAAAACAAACGUGACUUAGUUUAUUUCAUUAAAUAAAAAUAAAAUCUUUCAUUGUUAUUUUGAGAUUCGAUUCAUAUAUAUGGGCGUGGGCAACCGACUUGAUACCCCAUUUUGAUACAGUCCUAUUGUAAGGAUAAAACAUACUAUUGUUCGGGUCAUAUAAGAGAGGAUCCUAGAUAAUCCUGGAUUGGCCUGAACAACAUCAUAUUUUAUCCGUACAAUAGUAGAGAAAAGCUACCAACUCACACGAUAAGUUCGUAGCUUUUCUCAACUAUUGUACGGAUAAAACAUGAUGUUGUUCGGGCCAAUCCAGGGUUAUCUAGGAUCCUCUCUUAUAUAGCCCGAAUAAUAGUAUGUUUUAUCCUUACAAUAGGACUGUAUCAAAAUGGGGUAUCAAGUCGGUUGCCCAUGCCCAUAUAUAUCAAUAUACCCGGCGACUUAAUUCCAAUUAUUAAAUUAAAAUACCAUUCAUUUUUAUAUUUAGAUUUGUUUUAUAUCUCAAUAUAUCUGGUGAGUUUAAAUCAAUUAUUGAACGAAAAUGAAAUUUCAUUUUUUGUUUUAGAUUCCUCUUAUACAGAAAUAUAUCUGGUGAGUUUAUUCGAAUUACUAAAAGAAAAUGAAAUUUUAUUUGUAUUUUUAGAUUCAUUAUCUAUCAAUAGAUCCGGUGAGUUUGAAUCUAUUUCUUGAAUUAAAAUACAAUAUUUUUUUUUGUGUACUCAAAAAGUGAGUACACUCUAGAAUCGGUCAGUGUGUCCGUCCGGCCGUUUACACGAUAACUUUUGAAAGGAGAGUCCGAUCGCGAUGAAAUUUUCUACACAGUUCAGUCUUAACAAUGUCUCAGUCGAGUUUGAAGAUGGGCAGAAUUGGCCGAACCAUUCCUGAGUUAUUGCAAAAAUACUCAUUUUCCCUAUGGCUUUCUAUGCGAAAAUCGACCCAUCCCCGCUUUCGUAAAAAAAUUUUCCUAUAAUACUCAAACAAAACUCCAACUAUUAUAUACCAUUCGAUAGAGAAUUUUACGAGCUACCAAAUGGUAUAUAAAACAUAAAGAAACAAGAAGGCUAGCUCACCUAUUGCAAAGAUAAAUAAACCGAAAUCGGUUCUGUUCUUGUCCACGCUCUAACUGAUCCACAAUUAGAGCACUAUCUUCCGAUAAGAGGUGAUGCUUGAAGGUUUUCUGGGGUGGAGAACUCGAAUCUGUACUCCACUUGUUUCGAAGCCCUAUUGGUUGAGCACUGACCAAUAGAAAUCAAGUUAUAGAAAAAACGACUUUCUGAGAGUAAAUUAAGGCGAAGAGUUCAAAUCUGAGCUGUAUUCACCCCCAAAUCCUAUUGGUUGAGCAGUAGUCAAUAGAAUUCAAGUGUUUAUAGAAAAGAUUUGCCAAGUUAAUUUGUAUAUCUACACAUUCUAGGAUGAUUGAUUUGUCUCAUUCACUUUUUGAAGUACACAUAACUCUCGGACUUAAAUCCGAGGUUUCCACAUUUAUUUUAGCAUAAUUUCGAUUUAUUAACCGAACAAAAAAAGAUUUUAUUUAGUUAUUAAUUAUCAAAAUUCGUAAAUAUUUUUUUUUACUGAGAAACUUUAAAGUAAGUGAGUGUUAAACAUUUUUACUUAGUAUUCAAUUUGUAGCCUUUUACUUUUAGCAACAUUCGAAAGCACGAGUAGCAGUGAUGAACCGUUCUCACCAUUGAAAUUUGGAAGUUAAAAAAAUUUUAGACACCAACAUAUUUGGUUUUACUUCGGGAGCCUAGCGAUGUUUAAGAGUCAUUUUGUUUCUUUGUUUAGAUCGUGGUACAUUUCAUCAAUUAUUGAAAAGUGUAACAGAUCCAUGGGCUGAUUUACCAUCAGAACAUUCAACAGAAGCAACAAUAAGGACAUUGAGAGAGUCAGUCAUGGAGUUUUAUAAUUUGAAAAGAAAUUGGUGCAUGGUUGUUGGAAAAAUCAACAAAAAGUCCAAACAUGUUGUAACAGCACAUACAUAUCCGAAAUCCGAGCCAACUGAUUUACAAUUUUUUGAUCUUAAUUCAUCAGAUAUCGACAAUCCGAGAAACUGCUUACGAUUGACCAAAGAAAUUGAACGCGCUUUUGAUACAAAAAAUUUAACCAUCAUUGAAAAAAGUGGUCAAUUACGAAUUUUUCUAUUAAACAAAACAAUGUCAUCAAAAAUAAUUGCACAUGUUUCAUAUCAUACAUUUGGUAGUACACAUGGAUCACCAUUGAUUUUUAAUAAUGAAAAAAGACCAUUUCAUAGACUUUUAGUUCUGGAUUGCUACUGUUCAUUCAAUAAUGCGAGAUUAAAACAACAAGAAUUUUCAUUAAAUAGUGAAGAUUUGAAUAAUAUCGUAUUUUAUGUUGAAAACUUAUUGGAUAUAUCGUUGGAAUCACAAAAAUGGCAUAAUGUUAAACAAUGGUUAUAUAAUAAUCCAGUUGGACCUGAUGCACCAUCAUUACAAUCACAAACAAUGACACAAUUUAUUUAUGAAUUCGUCGAACAAUAUAGUGAAAUUCAUCGUAUAUGUCCAUCAGUGAUCAUAUAA